AGAUAAAGAAACCUAUUUAUUGGCGGUUUUUCAGUGCUUUCAAUCAGAAGUUGAAUAAUUUCUACGAAAUGAAAACCAUACCAACGAUUCUGACUACUUUGGUAGUUCUUGCUGUCUGCAACGGUGAGGAACACCAUCAUAUAAAAAUAAUAGAGGGAGGGAUCCAUGGACCUGCCACCACAACCCGCUACUGGGACUGCUGCAAACCCACCUGUUCAUGGCCCGGAAACAUAGAGUACAAGAAACCCGUGAAAGCCUGCAGAGCUGAUGGGGUCACUGCCCAAGAUCCCGAAAAUCAAUCGGGAUGUAUCGGAGGACAGUCCUACGUUUGCACAGAUCAAUCCAUGUACGCCAUUAAUGACACUUUGGCUUAUGGAUUCGUAGCUGCAGGUUUCAGUGAGAGCACGACGCUGGAGAACAUGUGCUGCGCUUGCGUUAUGUUCACGUUCAAAGACCAGGGUCUCGAGAACAAGAAGAUGGUUGUUCAAAUGACCAACACUGGAAAGGUUGGACCUGAAGAACACGACAUGUUUGACAUCGCAAUGCCAGGCAGUGGCGUAGGAUAUUACACAGAAGGGUGCACUACCCAGUGGAACAGUGACGUCAGCAACUGGGGUGACCAAUACGGUGGUGUACGAGAUGAAGCUGGUUGUUACAAACUUCCCAAGGAGCUGUUGGAAGGAUGUCUUUUCCGGUUCCAUUGGAUGAAGGGGGCUUCCAAUCCGGACGUUUACUUCCAACAAGUUGAAUGCCCUAAGGAGCUCACAGAUAGGACUGGCUGUUUCCCUUUGAAUUGAUUCUGAUAGCUUAUUUAAGAUAAUAAAAUAUUGUGAUAUUCACA